CUCCACUCGUCCCUGCUUCCUUCCACAGGUAUUCCUUCUGCAACGUCUUUGUGCUUAUCACUUCCGACCAUAAUUCCUAGGAGACUCGUUUAAGGUUCUAUGUUUUGAAAGUUUGCUACGGCAACUGAUUCCUCUUUUCUUCAGCGAUGGCUUGUGUUCCACAUCAAAAUGCAAAUUGUACCCUUUUAUUCCAAAAAUGUGCAAUUUCCCAUGUGGGUAUUUCUUCUUUGCCCUUCUUGCAACCUGGAGUAAAAUCUUGUACACUUUUUAACAAAGGAACACUCAGUCCCCAGUGCUUGAAUGGAAAGAGGAGUUUUCCUUUACCAGAAAAGAGAUUUAGUUGGAAGUUUUCGAAGAAAGAGAGAUUAUAUAUUCCUAGAAGUAGUAAUUCUCCGAACUCAAAUGGAAAUACGGAUGAACAAUCUGAUGAGAAAGAGGUGAAGACACCAUUUGGAUACACAAGGAAAGAUGUCCUAUUAAUUGGACUUGGAAUUACUUUACUUGGCAUUGGCUUAAAAAGUGGAUUGGAGUUUGUUGGAGUUGAUUCACUACAAGCCGGAAAUGUAGUACAGUUGGUGCUGGUUUUGGGCCUCACCGUUGGGUGGAUCUCAACAUAUAUCUUCAGAGUUUCAAACAAGGAUAUGACAUAUGUACAACAAUUACGUGACUAUGAAGACAAAGUGAUGCAGAAGCGUUUAGAGUCCCUAACAGAAGCGGAGCUAGAAGCACUGCUUCAAGAAGUUGAGGAAGAGAAGAGUCGUUAGCUGGUGGUGCAAAGGUGGAUUGAAGUAGCUUGUUUGUAUAUAUACACUGAAAUUUUUCCACUGUAAUUGAAAUAGAAAUUUUAAUCUAAUGAAACUAGUUUAGAAAAUUUUUACCUAUGCUUGCUUCAGUUUACUCACAGUCAAAAAGAUGACCCUUCAAAACCCAUAGUAUUCUGUUCACCAGAAAUUCCAGAUAAGGUAAGUCUCUAAGGUAGCAUGACAAUGCUUUUGAAUUCUAUAAUUUUGUGGUUUUCCUUGGUACUGUGCUGUUCACCUAUGAACCUCAUGCCAUAAUGAAGAAUGUUGAAGGUAAUUUUGGAGCUUGGCCCAGCAAUUUUCCUCAUAACCUGAAUUAUUAAGUAGCUUACUUUUUGGUCUUAUGUUCCCUAGCUC